CAAAAAAGAAACCCUGGUGAGAUGUUCACACAGGAGAAAAAGAAGGAGGGCAGUAAGGGAGUUUAGGAGGAGGAGAAAGGGAGUUUAGUGGUGGAGUUUAGAUUUUGAGUUUAUUCCUCAUGAUGUCCCCAUCCUGUGCUGUGAUGACGGUGGUGGCUGCUCAUUUCUAGGGUCAUAUGUGUCGUUUUGAUGAGAAAAGUGGACUGAACGUGACUGAGGAAGCUGUGGAAGUAAACCCUGGACGAAGAUGAGUAAAUUGAAAGGGGAGGAGAGCAUCAUGUCAUACCUGUCACAGAGUGAGAUUGACACCAGCCCCAAAGACUUGAAUGUAGUGGCCAUGCUCCAUAACUUCUGGGAGCAGAGGCAGAUAAGUCAGUCAAAUGGUUCCUCCAGUGAAUCUGAUGGUUCUGUUGGGGAUGCAGCCAUCCAGACAGAGAGCUUGCUGCUGUAUGAGUCUGCACCGUCCCCUGGCCCUCCUUACAUCUGCUAUGUCACCCUGCCUGGAGGAAGCUGCUUUGGCAAUUAUAAGGUGUGCGACACUCAGGCAGAGGCUCGGAGGGAUGCAGCUCGCGUGGCUCUGAUGAACUCACUUGUGAACGAGCUGCCCUGCCGACGAAUCAACCCUCAGUUCAUCACUCAGAGUUUGCAGCAGGCAGCCACAGACAGUGCUGUGUCUGUUGAAGAUGCAUGUGAUUCAAGCACCAGCAUAGGAACCUACAGUUUGCUGCUCCACUCCUACAUAGGAAGGACCAUGCUGGAGUUCCAGGAGAUGAUGACAAUUUUUCAGUUGUUGCACUGGAAUGGGACUCUGAAGGCUCUGAGGGACAGGCAGUGCUCUCGACAGAGUGUGAUUACCUAUUACUCUCGACGAGGACUUGGCGAGUACAUGCGCAGCAGCUUGGCUCUGGAUUGGCUUGGACGGGAGCAGAGGUCACCGGGGCGACUCGGGGAGGAGCUGCAGGUGGCGCAGAGGGAGCUGGUGUUGACGCGGCGUCGAGGGAUAGAGCUGCGCUUCUACAAGGAAAAGACAGAGAUCCUCAGCUUGGCUCUGAGUCAAGCAUACAUUCACCACGCACCUGAGGCCUUCAGUCAGGCACAGAGUCACACAUACAUGCAAGACCAAUUUCCUUUACACACAUUAAACAGCCAGGAAACAGAAGUCCAGAUAACCCCAUCCUGCAGUCCUUCACCAACCCUCCAUAAAAACACAAAGCAAACAGUUUGUCAAACCUCUGGCAAACACAUGCCCUCCAACAGUCCUGCACUCACAGCAGACUUUUGUGCCUAUAAAUAACUUUGAAUAGACUCAAGCAGAAGGUAGAAGAUGGACGAUAAAAGUUGUCAUUUGACUGUGAAUGAGAUAAAAGUCUGCCACUCAAGAUCUGACAUCUGCUUGGAAGAACAGAACAUACUCAUGGCCUGCAGGAUUACUGUAAACAUAAGAGUCCUUUCAUCAUGAGACUUACAAAUAUUGUGUAUUAAUAAUGCUCUAACCUUAUAGAAACUCUUUUGUGACUUUAGAAUGAAGACAUACAGAUGUGUGGAGUGUAUUUGCAACUUCAACCACGUGAAAUACAGCAUUCAAAUUAUUUAAAUCAAUGAGCCGGAACUGUAGUUGAACUGUAGCCUCUAUCUAGUUUUGUAUGCGGAGGACUCGACUUUACUGCUUUAGCUUUUACGUAAGUUCAUGUAUGCUGCCUUUUUUUAAGAGGUAUAUUUUGAUACACGAUGUCAACUGUAAAAAAUACUGAAAACUUUAAUGAUUUACCCAAGGAACUGCUUCAAAUAACAGCAACUCAGUACUCCUCCACACCUCCCUCUUCUUUCCUCAUUCUCUGUCUAGCAUUUCAGUCUAAUUUCCAUAUAUGAAGGAGAUUAGUAUAGAGGAUGGCUGGGCAGGUUAACUGCAGCUACUGUAUAACUAUAAGAGCCAACACUUACUAUGUUCUUUGUGAUAAAAUGCAUGUAGGCCUCAAGCAUUCAUGUGUCUUAAGGUUCAGUCAGGUGGUGAGAGUUAAUGCAAUUCAAAGGGAAAAUGUUUUUAAAAGUAACUGUAAUUUACACAUUUGUAAAUAAAUGUUAUUCUGUUA